AUGAUUUUCAAAAUGUUCUAUUAAGUCUUGCUACUCCAAUUAUGUAUAAUAAGGAGUUCAGAGAUUUCCAAAAGAUGCGUUUGUGGGCACGUUCAAAGUUAAAAAGACUGCAAAAACUCUGGGUUUUGCAUCUGGUAGAGUGAUUAAUGUAUUUUAAAUCCCAGUCAAUCAUACAAUACAGUGAUUAAUAAUUAGAAUCCAUGCAAAAGCUAUGCUUAGGAAGAUUGUCGAGAAUAAAAGUAAUGCGGUUUUUAUUUUGGCGAAUGUCUAGAUUUUGUAGAUUGUAGCAAUUUCGAUAAAGAUAAUUGCUAAGAAGCGUCCUAUAAAUGUGUUUCUGAUGGUUCAAAGUGUGUGGAAAUGAAAGACUGUAGUGAUUAUAUAACAGAGAAUGCAUGUGCCAAUAAAAAUUAGAAUGGUAAGUACUGUGUUUGGAUUGGAGGAUCGGAGAAAAAAUGUACAAAUGUCACAAUGUGUGAAGAAAUGCCUCUAUAUUUAAAUGAUCAUAAUGCAUGUUAAUCAGGUCUUGACGGAUGCACUAUAAGUGAAAAGGGUUAUGGAUGUAUUGAGUUAAUGGAGUCUUGCACAUAAUAUAUUAAUAACUUUUAAUGCUUUGAAAUUAAAUCAAAAAAAUAUAAUUGUUUUUGGGAUUCAAAAAAUAAUUACUGUGUUGAAAAGGCGUGUGAAAAUCUACCAUUUACUUAAGAUUAUGAAUGUUAGUUACAUUUAAGUGAAUGUACAACUAAUGGAGUUCAUUGUGUAGUAAAGAAAUAGUGUGUUGAUGCUUAGAAUAAAUUUGGUUGUGUGACUGAUGCAUAGGGUAACAAAUGCGAAUAUCAUUAAACUCAAUGUAAAAUCAAGAGUUGCAGCACUGCUCCAGAGUCACUUACUAAUUAUCAAUAAUGUUAAGAUUAUGACAAUCUAUUAGAUUGUGUUACUUCAGAAAAUAAAGGAUGUAAAAUUAGACCAUAGACAUGUGAUGGUUAUUUUUAUGAGACAGAUUGCAAUUCAAUAGAAUAGUAAGAUUGUGUGUGGUAUAAAGAAAAAUGCGAAUAAAGAUAAUGUUAUCAUGCUCCAGUUCAUUAUACUCAUAUGGAUUGUAAGCAGUAUGGGAAUUGUAUUGGGAGAUUAAAUGGAGGGUGUUAGGCGACACCUUAAUUAUGCGAAGAGAUAUUGCAAGAAUAGUUUUGUGAAUUAAACUAUAAAAAAAAAAGGUGUAUUUGGCUUGGAGGCAAUUGCGAAUUACUAGAAUGUAAGAAAUUGAGAUUGCCAAACUACAAAAAUCAUAAAAUAUGCUCAAAGGCAAGUUAAUAUUGUACAUUUAAUCUAGACUCUUUAGGUUGUACUGAUUAUUUAUGCGAAAAUGUUUUAGAGAUAGAAUAUUGCACAAUUGAUUCAACUGGCACAGUCUGCACAAUGAAUUAAGGUUGCAUAGAGAAGAAAUGCAAAACUGCACCUCCAUCUUAUGAUACUAAUUCAAAAUGUGAAGGAUGGAUGCCAUAAUGUACAGUAAAUGUCUAAAUUUUAUCAAAUUAAAAAAUCUUGAUUGGGUGCCUGGAUAAAAAGAGCGCUUGUGCAUUUGCCGUGUAAGAUCAAUGCUACACAACACUUUCAGGAUUUUUGUGUAAAUGGGAUCAAAGUAGUUAGAAAUGCUAAGAUUAACUUUGCACUGAUGCAAAUCCUGGGUUGUACUAAAAAAAUGAGGAUUGCAAUUCAUUCAAGGCAUUAUCUGGGCCUUGCAUUAUUAAACCUUCUGGAGUUGGAUGUUAAAAAUGGCCAACUAAUUGUACUGAAAUGUUAAGUCAAUAACAGUGUUAAUUGAAUCUAUAGGAUAAAACUAAGUGUUUUUGGACUGGUUCCUAUUGUAAGAAAUAACAAUGUUCAGAUGCUCCUAUAAUGAAUUACACCAAUAAUGUUGAGUGUAACAGCUGGUUCAAUAAUUGUAUUUUUAAUCAUAUUCUGGGUGGAUGCAAAGACCGAAUUACUCCAGUUACUUGUUCAUCCUCUCCAAAUAUUAGUAUGUAUAAUAAUCAUCAAGAAUGUUAUGCAUGGAAUCCUAAAUGUACUGUAGUUUCCACUUUUAUUGCUGAAGGGUGUGAAUUAAAAAAAACAACUUGUAAUGAGUUUAUUAGGCAAAGGAAUUGCAAGACCACUUUAAAUGGUUAAUUUUGUUAUUGGGAUGAUAAGGAAUAAAAGUGUAUGAAUGAGGAUUAAGAUAAUGAUGGAGUUGCUGAUUGUCAUAAAAGAAUUUAUGGAGAAAUAACUCACUAGGAUUGUGAAGGCUUUUUGUCUAAAUGUACAGUAAAUGAUAUUGUUAAACUUGUUAAAAUCUUUCAUACUAUUGUGAUUAUCAAUAUAAGCAAUAAUGCGAAAUCACUAGUUAAUACCAACCUUGCAAAUGGGAUGAUUUGAAUUAAAAAUGUAAGGAUAGAGUUUGUGCUGACAAUACUGCUGCUUAAACUGAGGCUGAAUGUUUAAUGUUCAGGAGGUUUAACUAAUGUCAAUUGAAAAUUAAGUCUAAUGGAACUUAUGGACCUGGUUGUGAAAAUAGACCCUCAUCUUGUGAGAGUAUUACAGAUCCUGUGAUCUGUAAAUUAACUCUUACGACUGAAGAUGACAAAUGCUAUUUUUAUAAUUCUAGAUGUUAAGUAGUACCAUCAUCAUAAUGCGAAGUAAUAAAUGAAAGUAAAAGUAAUGAUCUUUGUUAAUUAUAUAAUACCAGUUGUGUUCUUCAAUCCAGUGGAUAGGGAUGCUAUUCUAUUUCUUCAUGUUAAGAUUAAUCGAAUAAGACUUGUAAUAAUGCAAUCAUUAAAAAUAAUUAUAGAUGCAGUUUUUCAAAUUAAUGUAAUUAAGACAAUAGCUGCUAGUACAAAUAUCUUUCUUAUAGUAAUUGUGAUGGUUAGAAAACAUAGUUUGGACAAUUAUGUUAUUUCUAGUAUUCAUGCUCAACUUGCAAUAAUUAUUGCCGAACAUAAACAGCAUAAAAAAGCUAUACUUUUCUUUAUUCAGCAACCCUCACAGACAAAAGGAUAAAAUGUUAGGACUACUCAUCAUCAUACAAGUAUGAUACAACUUGUAAUUGCUGUUUAUCAAUGACAUCAUGCAGUUAGCAGGUAGGUUCAUAAUCUCUUUGUAAUUCAUCAACUAAUAAGGAUGGAGUUUAAUGUGGAUAUAAUUCAUUGACUUAUAGUUGCGAGGAAAGAAAAUGUGAGCAUUUGACUUCCAAUUAAACCAUUUCAUAAGAAAUUUGCUUUAAUUGGAAAUACGAUUGUGUUUAUAAUGUUACUGGUUGUAAGACAUUCACAGGAGAUUGCACAACUAUUAGUAUUAUUUAACAAUGUUAUUCUCAUUCAUGCUAUUGGUAAGAUGGUAAAUGCGUAAACCAUGUUAAUUGUGAUAUUAACACAACUGCAGUUACAAAUUGGGAAUGCUUAUUAAGUAAUAGCACAUUCUGUAGAUUAAAUUAUAUUUCAGGUUAAGGAUGUGCUUUUAGUUAUUGCAGUUAAAUUAAUGACUCCGCUAUUUGUAGUUCAGCUAAGAUUGCUAAUGGCGAAAAAUGUAAAUGGGCCUUUAGUUUGUGGAAAAUGUCUUACAUUUGCACAAACAUAGAAUGUUCAGAGUUUACAAAUUAAUUUGAUUGUGAAAACAGCUAUGGUUAUAUUUCGCCUGUUGCCACAAAAUGCUAUUGGUGCUCACUUUACAGUACUAAAUGUUCUAAUUCUAAAUAUUGUAGUACAAGUAGNAAAACUUGUUAAAAUCUUUCAUACUAUUGUGAUUAUCAAUAUAAGCAAUAAUGCGAAAUCACUAGUUAAUACUAACCUUGCAAAUGGGAUGAUUUGAAUUAAAAAUGUAAGGAUAGAGUUUGUGCUGACAAUACUGCUGCUUAAACUGAGGCUGAAUGUUUAAUGUUCAGGAGGUUUAACUAAUGUCAAUUGAAAAUUAAGUCUAAUGGAACUUAUGGGCCAGGUUGUGAAAAUAGACCCUCAUAAUGUGAGAGUGUUACAGAUGCUGUGAUAUGUAAAUUAACUUUAACAACUUAGAAUCAAAAAUGUUAUUUUUAUAAUUCUAGAUGUUAAGUAGUAGGAAAUAAACAAUGUGAAGUAAUUACAGAUAGUAAAAGUAAUGAUCUUUGUUAAUUAUAUAAUAACUAUUGUGUUCUUCAAUAAAGUGGAUAAGGAUGCUAUUCUAUUUAUUCAUGUUAUGAUUUAUCGAAUUAGAUUUGCAACAACGUCAUCUUUCGAGAAAAUUAUAAAUGCAGAUUUUCUGACAUUUGUCGUUUUGAUCAUAGCUGUUCAUAUAAAUAUCUUUCCUAUAGUACAUGUGAUGGUUAGAAAACAUAGUUUGGAUAAUUAUGUUACUAUUACUAUUCAUGUUCUACUUGCACUAAAUAAUGCUUAGUAUAAAAAGAGAAAAAAGAUUAUAUCUUCACUUCUUCAGCGACCCUGACAGAUAAAAGGAAAUAAUGUUAGGAUUACUCAUCAUCUUACAUGUAUGAUACAACAUGCAAUUGCUGUUUAUCUAUGACUUCAUGCAGCUAGUAGGUAGGUGGAUAAUCUCUUUGUAAUUUAUCAAUUACUGAGAAUGGAUCUUUAUGUGGAUAUAAUUCAUAUACUAAUAGUUGCGAGGUAAGAUAAUGCGAGCAUCUGACUUCAAAUUAAUCCAUUUCAAAAGAAAUUUGCUUUAAUUGGAAAUAUAAUUGUUUUUAUCAUGUUACUGGUUGUAAGACAUUCGCAGGAGAUUGUACAACUGUUAGUAUUAUUUAAUAAUGUAAUUCUCUUUCAUGCUAUUGGUAAGAUGGUAAAUGCGUAAAUUACGUUAAUUGUGAUCUUAACACAACUGCAGUUACUAAUCGAGAAUGCUUAUUAAAUAAUAGCACAUAUUGUAGAUUAAAUUAUACUCUAGGUUAAGGAUGUGCUUUUAUUUCUUGCGAUUAAAUUCGAAAUCCUACUAUAUGUAAUUCAGCAAAAAUUGCAAAUGGCGAAAAAUGUAAAUGGGUUUAUACAGGAUGGGGUGACUACAGAUGCACAAACAAAUUAUGUUAAGAGUUUACAAAUUAAUUUGAUUGUGAAAACAGUUAUGGGUAUAUUUGGUCAGUUGCGACAAAGUGUUAUUGGUGUUCACUUUCAAGUACUAAAUGUUCUAAUUCUAAAUAUUGCAGUGCAAGUAGCAUGACUUCACCUAAAUCACAUUAGGAUUGCAACGAUUAUUCUGUCCAAUACACAAUCAAUUUAACUUUUAGCUAAAAAUGCAGAAUAAAAUAAUUAUAAUGUUCAGAUUAUUUGUACUAAGACGCUUGUGUAAGUACAAUAGAUGGCAUAGAUUGUAUUUGGUAUUCCAAUGCUUGUACAAAUUAUUGUUAAGCAUCAGUUCAUUAUCUAUCGAACUGGACACAUUCGUCUUGCCAUGGUUGGAAGGAUUCUUGUAUGUCACUAAAUAACCUAGAAUGUUAAAGUCUAGAUUGCUCAUAGUUAACGAUAAUUGGAGACUGUGCUAUUUUUACGACAUAAUGUUUUUGGGAUAGUUUGACCUGUUAAAGAAUUGGUGAUUGUAGCAAGUACUCUAAUGACCCCUUGUGCACAAGUACAAGCAAUUCAUAAGGCAUCCCUUGCUUUUGGGAUGGUACAACAUGUUUGGAAAAAACAUGCUCAAAUAAACCAACACCUUCAAUUAGUCAAGCAGAAUGUAAUAGUUGGCUAAUUAACUGUUAAUGGAAUAGCAAUAAUAAUCAAUGCGUAGAAGAUUGCACUUAGGCAGAUAUUUCAAAUAAAACUCAUCAGCUAUGUGAAUCCUAUUAAUUAAAUAAAAAUUGCACUGUCAAAGUAGAUGAAUUUCAAUGUGUAGAUCUCCCAUUUUCUUGCUCUUUAGCAAAGAAAACUUAAUGUUAUAAAGACCAAUUUGGAAACGAAUGCUAUUUUUAAGUUUCAUCAAAUUAGUGUGUAAAUUUAACAUGUUCAAACUUGUAAGCAACAUAUAUAACACAUGAUAAAUGUAACUCAAGAUUAAAAUCCUGUACAGUUAAUUCAACUCUGAAUGGAUGCCAAUAAUUAAAUGUUUGCAGUGGUUAUUCAAUCAAAGAAUAAUGCUAAAUUGAUUUAAAUUAGGUAGAAUGUUAAUGGAUAAUUAGUUAAAAUAUAUGUACAAUAAAAAACUGUUAAACUGCACAAUUACCCAUAUAUUCAGCAUAUAGCUGUCAUUAGUAUUUUGGGAAUUCGUGUACUGUAAAUGAAAAUUUGGAUGGAUGUGAGAUUGGUCAACCUUUGUGCAUGAAAUAUCCAUAUAAUCAAUGCAAAAGCGAAGACCAAAUGAAUUUAAGUGGAGUAAACUGUUUCUGGAAUGAAGAGAAGAGUGUUUGUUAAGAGAAGAUUUGCGAGAAUGGCCCUCCACUAGCCCAAUCUCAUUCAGAGUGUAUAGGAUUUCUCUCUUCUUGUUAAAAAGGUGGUUGUCGUAUAAAAGAGUGCUUUGAUUAUAAUUAUGCUAUAGACUCAGCUUGUGCUUCAAUAUUCGAAAGCAAGAGGUGUGCGACCAAUGGAUAUCAAUGUGUUUUACGAAAAGCUUGCGAAGAUGUUAAUGUCAUAGAUGGUUGUACUUUUGAUAUCAAUCUCAAUCUUUGCGUUUGGAUUAAUGACAAAUGUUUUACAAAAACAUGUGAAACUGCUUCUACUUCUCUUACAACACAUCAGAUGUGCAAUGCAUAUUUUCCAAUUUGCACAGCUAAAGAGGGAGGAGGAUGUACUAAGAGACAAAGUUGUCAGAAUUACUAAAUAAGGGAAGCUUGUUAUACUGAUAGUGAAAAUAUAGAAUGCAUUUGGGAUGAUAAUCUAAAUUAAUGUUUUUCCAAUCAAUGCAUAGAUUUUUGUGGGGAUGGUAUUGUAUCAAGUAAAGAAGAAGAAUGCGACGAUGGCAAUUAUUUGCCCUACGAUGGUUGUUAUAAAUGCCAAGUGUAAUGUCCAUAAGGGUGUAAUGUUUGUAAUGGUUCUACAUGCUAAGAUUGUCAUAUGAAGGGGUGGGUAUUGAUUAAUGGGAUUUGUAAAUCAAUAUGUGGGGAUGGUUAUAUAGUAGGAAACGAAUUCUGUGAUGAUGGAAAUUAGAUUUAAUAUGAUGGAUGUUAUUAAUGCUCCUAUUCUUGUCACUAAAAAUGUUUAAUUGUUUCUAAGGAUUAUGUUUACUUUGUGAGAAAGGAUACAUAGAAGAUUAAUCAUAAUGUCAUAAUGUUUGCGGGGAUGGUUUUCUUGUCCAACAAAUAGAAUAAUGUGAUGAUGGAAAUAAUUAGAAUAAUGAUGGAUGUAGUGACGUUUGUAAAGUUGAGAGCGAUUGGAAAUGCUAAUAGGAAAAUAAUAUCAGUGUAUGUAACUAUAGUAUUAGACCUAAAAUUAUACUUACUAGGCUCACAAAAACAAACUAAGAUAUUCAAGAAUUUGAAUUAUCAUUUAGUGAGCAAGUUCGUUUGAACAUUUAUAACAUUAGCGAUGAACAAUUUCUUUAGAUGAUUGUUAUUGUAAUCGAAAAUGCUAAAGAUAAUGAAUAUGAUAUUGAAAUCAAACCCAAGAUAUCAAUUACCUCUAUAUUGACCGAUGUAUCUUAUAAGAUAUUCGUCUAUUUUAAAAGUAGAAUUUCAAAUCCUGUGCUAAUAGUAACCCUAAGAUGUGAGAAUAUUGUAAAUGCUUAAGACAAUUCUUUAUUCUCAAAAGAAGCAAAGUUAGUUUUGUCAUCUCCAAACAAAAUGUCAAAUGAGCAUCAAUCCCUUAUUUUUAAAACAGCUCUUCUCAGUCGAAUUGUUAUGUAUAUCAUCUUGAUUGUAAAUGGUAUAGCUUUUUUGGCUGGCAAUUUAGAAAUUUUAUGGAAUUUACUUGAUAUGCUUUAAUAAUUAUCAUAUUUGAAAUUCCACAAUCUACAAUUCCCAGAAAAUUUGUAAGUCUAUUUUGAAAUUUUUACUAUUAGUUCUUUUGCUCCAAUAAUUAACACUUUAUAAACAGAUGUUUAUUUACAGGAAUUAUUUGAUUUCGAAAUUCCAAUCAUACCGGCUAAAUGGAAAUUUGAAUACUAUUAAAUCAAUUGUUAUUUUUUGUACAACCUGUAAACUCUCGUCGCUGUAAUUAUAAUUGGAUUUGUUUAUUUUUUUGUCUCAUAUUUCUUCUAUAAAUUCCUUGUACUUAUUAGGUACUAAAAUUGGCCAGCUAUUUUUUAUAAGAGGUAAUCAUAAGGUCUCUUUAAACUUGUCAGAUUUAUAUUUUCCUUCUAAAGGUUGGCCAGAAAAUAAUAUCAGUAUUUUAUUUAUUCUGGAUUAAUCAGAAUUUUUACUUCUAAUUUUUAUGAUAUAACCUUUGCAUCGAUAUUAUAAAUUGCCAAUUACAAUACUGAUACUACUUUAAAUAGAACCAUCUCUUUAAUAGCAUUAAUUACACUAUAAGGGAAUCUAUUCUUGAUAGCAGUUUUUUUUUCUUAUUUAGCAAAAAGAGGAACAGUCCCGAAGAAAUUAUCAGUUUUAGUGGAAGGAAUUAAUAAUAAUUGUAAAUAAGGAACUAAAUAAUAUUUUACUCUAUUGCUCAUUAAAAAAACUUUAUUCAUUAUUAAUUUAGUUGUAUUUUAAGAACUUCUGGCUGCUUAGAGUUUAAUUACAGCUUGUAUAUCAGGAGCAUUUUCUUGUUAUAUUUAUAUUUAUAAGCCUUUUGAGAACAAUUUUGAAAAUAUUAAAAUAUUCAUCACAGAAAUUCUGGUUUUGGUUAAUGUAAUACUCUUUUCUGUUUAUGAUAUUAUUAAAUUUAAUUAAAACAAGAACUCAGCUGAACUUUUAGGUUGGAUUAAUGUAGGUGGUUUCACGUUAAUACUUUUUUUCACUUUAGCUAUUGAUGUCUAUCAACAAUUAACAAAGUAUANUAACUAUAGUAUUAGACCUAAAAUUAUACUUACUAGGCUCACAAAAACAAACUAAGAUAUUCAAGAAUUUGAAUUAUCAUUUAGUGAGCAAGUUCGUUUGAACAUUUAUAACAUUAGCGAUGAACAAUUUCUUUAGAUGAUUGUUAUUGUAAUCGAAAAUGCUAAAGAUAAUGAAUAUGAUAUUGAAAUCAAACCCAAGAUAUCAAUUACCUCUAUAUUGACCGAUGUAUCUUAUAAGAUAUUCGUCUAUUUUAAAAGUAGAAUUUCAAAUCCUGUGCUAAUAGUAACCCUAAGAUGUGAGAAUAUUGUAAAUGCUUAAGACAAUUCUUUAUUCUCAAAAGAAGCAAAGUUAGUUUUGUCAUCUCCAAACAAAAUGUCAAAUGAGCAUCAAUCCCUUAUUUUUAAAACAGCUCUUCUCAGUCGAAUUGUUAUGUAUAUCAUCUUGAUUGUAAAUGGUAUAGCUUUUUUGGCUGGCAAUUUAGAAAUUUUAUGGAAUUUACUUGAUAUGCUUUAAUAAUUAUCAUAUUUGAAAUUCCACAAUCUACAAUUCCCAGAAAAUUUGUAAGUCUAUUUUGAAAUUUUUACUAUUAGUUCUUUUGCUCCAAUAAUUAACACUUUAUAAACAGAUGUUUAUUUACAGGAAUUAUUUGA